UAUUUACUUAAAGUAGGAGAAAUUUUUUUGAAACUUAACAACAAAAAAAUAACGUUAAAAAUGAGUAAUUUUUAUCUUUUGCAACUUAACAUGCUAAAUGAAAAUAUAAAAACUACAUCUUCACGUAUACUGACGUAUAAGACAUAUAAAGACACUCGUUUUGAUGUAACUAAAAGCGUUUUUUUAGCAACGAUGACAGAUCCACUGAUAGGUAUAAAAGAAAGUACUACUGAAAAAACGAUAGCAUAUGCUGAUCCAUUCAAGAAGGGUGGUCCCUGUGAUGAUUGCAUUCCAAGACUUUCAAAUGAUCAAUUGAUAUCAUUGAUUAUUAAAUGUUUAUUAAAUUAUUAAGAUUUUGCUGCAAAAAAACAUAGUACUCAGAGAAGGAAAGAUCCUGCACAAACACCUUAUAUAAAUCAUCCCAUAGGAGUUGCAAACAUUUUAGUUCAAGAAGGCGAAAUAUAUGACCCUGUUGUAAUUUUAGCUGCACUUCUACAUGAUACUGUAGAAGAUACAGAUACUAAUUUUGAUGAGAUAGAACUAGAAUUUGGAUAUACAGUGAGUCAAGUUGUUCAAGAAGUAACUGAUGAUAAAACUCUGCCUAAAGAAGAACGUAAACGUUUGCAAAUAGAAAAUGCACCUAAAAGAAGUCAUAGAGCUAAGUUAGUAUUACUAGCAGAUAAAUUAUAUAAUUUACGAGAUCUUCAAAAGAGUACUCCAAUUUGCUGGACACCUGAAAGAGUAAGGGAAUACUUUAAGUGGGCUAAAGCUGUUGUAGAUAGAAUCCGCAGAACUAAUUCUAAUUUGGAAACUGCAUUAGAUAGAGUAUUUGCAAAACAAAGAAUUGAAACUGAAGCAAAAUGUAAAUGUGUAAAAGAUAAUUCACAAAAUUUUUGUAAUAGUCAAAAAAAAAAUUAA